AUGGCCCCCCUAAAAGUCCUCAUCAUCGGCGGCGGUAUUUCAGGGCCAGCCCUCGCCUUCUGGCUUGCACGCAUCGGCGCCAACAUCACCCUCAUCGAGCGAUCGCCCCGGAUGCGCGCGUCGGGACAACAGGUCGACAUCCGCGCGCAAGGAGUGGCCAUGAUGCGGAAGAUGGGCAUCGAGGCUGCUGUGCGCGAGGCCUGUGUGCAUGAACCGGGUGCGCAGUUUAUCGACGUAAAAGGCCGGACACAGGCGUUCCUCCCAGCGACGCAGAACGGGGCCGGAAAGCAGAGUUUCACGUCCGAGUUUGAGAUCAUGCGCGGCGACCUGGUGCGGAUCCUGUACCGGCUCACCGAGGGCCGCCCGAAUGUGCAGCACUUGUACAACACGACCGUCGACAGCUUCAAACAGGAUGAAGAGAGCGAUCCCAACGGCAAGGUGCAUGUGCGGUUCCACGACGGGCGCACGGAGGACUUUGAUCUGGUCGUGGGCGCCGAUGGGGCUGGAUCGAAGACACGAAAGACGAUGCUCGGCCCAGACGCUCCGGAUCCACGACACCCCCUCGGCGGGUACAUUGGGUAUUUCAGCAUCCGCUCGACACCGGCAGAUUCCGACCGGGCGACGUUCUGUCCGCUGCCGGGUCCUCGCGUGGCCCGCAUCAUCGGCACGCGCAAGGACUGUCCAGAACUCACGCGCGUGUACAUGAUCCUACUCGGUCCGGAUGCUGCCAUCGAUGCGGCGUACAAGACCGGAGACCUAGCCCAGUUAAAGAAGGCUUGGUCCGAUUUAUACCAGGGUGGCGGAUGGGAGUGCGAUCGCUUCAUGGAGGCGUUGCGAAACCAACCCGAGGCGGACGAUCUGUACUGCACGCCGUUCCAGGAGGUGCGACUGCCCGAGGGUUCCUGGUCGAAAGGGCGAGUGGUGCUGGUCGGCGACGCAGCACACUGUCAGACAGCCGGGGGUCUGGGGUCGACAUGGGGUAUGAUCGGGCCAUAUAUCCUGGCGGGAGAGAUUGCGACGCUGUCUGCUGAGAAGAAUAGCUCGUUGUCGUCGACAUCCGCAGCGGAAGAACCAGCACCAGCGACAGCGCCCACGACAGCGAUAGCGAGCGUGGUGAUCCAAGCAGCCAAGAACUAUGAGACCAAGUUCCGCCCCGCGGCGACAGCGAUGCACGGUGGCGCCGAUAGAAUCGGCCUCCUCAGCUUCCCCCGAUCGAAACUCGGGAUUUGGAUCCUGCUUCUCCUCGCCAAAGUCGCCGCGUACUUUCGGCUGGACCAGAAGUUGGGGUUGUUCAGCGACACGCACCAGUGGCAGCUGCCCGAAUAUCCUGCCUUGGAGAAAGCGGAGAGAACAGGAGAGAGUUUUGAGAGCUUGGUAGGCGAGCGAGCGAACGAGCGAGGGAGGAUGUAA